AUGUCCGGCUUCGGGAUUCCUGGAUUGCUCGAGCAGUGGAAGUCAAGCUGGCUCGACCCAGCCCUGGACUACAUUGAAGGAAGCAAGCUGAAAACAGACUCUCACCUCAACCAGGCCAGCAAUGAAUACUUCGAGGAAGAGAUCAAGGCUUCAACAAGAAACUUUGAUCCGAGCUGUUUGCUUGGCUCUGGCACCUUCGGUAGUGUCUACCGUGGAACGAUGAAGGACGGGACAGAGGUCGCCAUCAAGGUCUUGCAAGUGCCAGAGGAGGCAGGCUUUGAGGAAGAGAUAAAGGUUCUCUCCAGAUUCCGGCAUCCCAACCUUGUGAUCCUCAUGGGCUUCGCUCGACAUGCAGCGACCUUCCCGCGUAUCUUAUGGCUCAAAGGCACUAGCUAUGCUGCAUGCUUUCUUGUGUUUACUUCGCUGAGCAUGCCCGAGAUGGGUGCUGCAAUGGCUUCGGAGGCUGCAGCGCCUGCGGCGACAGGGAGCACAGCGGCUGCAUCUGGCUCCCAGCGCGAGAGGUCAGAUGUGGCAGACUUGCAGAAGCAACUUCUGCAGGAGCAAUCGCCUGGACUUCCGAGAAAUAACUCUUGGAGUGGCGCGGAGAACCGUGAGAGAAUGAGCCCAGAGUUAGCUGCCUCCCGCAGACUGCGAGAGCCGGGAGGAUUUCGGCGAGGGUUUCUGCAAACGCAGGCCAUAAAUCAGGGGCUACAAGCGGAGGAUUUGCCCCAAACGUGGAGUCAGCGAUUGGUUGACACACUGGCUGCAACCAGCUUCCAGGUUGAAAGUCAUGUUUACGGACUGAAUCUCAGUGAUGACGAAGAUGCUCAGCCUAUUCGGCAUGGCGCAAGCAAUCUUAGCAUCGCAUUCUUGAUCUUCAAGGGCAACUGCGGCUGUGCCAUCCUGUACAUGCCUCGUGGCUGGAUGCACGGAGGUCUUCUACUUGCCUCCAUCGUCGUGCCGUUAAUCGGCUUCGCUUCGAUCUGGUGUGCGCUCUUGCUGCUCAAGGUUCGCCUAACGACAGAGAGUCAUGCAGGUUACGGUGACUUGAUGAACAAUGCGCUCGGGCCAAGUGGCCGUGCUGCUUCCAACCUCUUCAUUGUCCUCUUGCAGCUGGGAAUCUGCUGCACCUACUUCAUUGUCGCCUCCAAGCUUCUGCAGACCACGCUUCUCCCGAAAACGUCCUUGGAGCUCUUGAUUGCCGGCAUGGCCGUCUUUAUGGUACCCUUGGUAGCCGUGCGGAAGGUGGCCUCCCUCUGGCCCCUAAGCUUGGCGGGCACGGCGCUCGUGAUUUUGGGGCUCCUCAUCGUGGGGACGCUGGAGGUCCAGGCGGUGGUGGAAGAGUCACCGGAGCUCACGCUCAUGAACUGGAGCCAACUGCUGGUUUGUAUUGGCCAGGCUUGCUUCAUGUUCGAGGGCAUCGGCCUUAUCUUGCCAACUUAUGACGCCAGCAAGAAGCCGGAAGACUUUUCGUGGAUUUACGUCCUCGUCCAAACUGGAACACUUGCAGUCGUUUGCGCCAUUGGAGUGCUUGGUUACAUGGCAUUUGGCAGUGAUGUUUCGAAUCUCAUCCUGCUGAACUUCCCACAGUCUAUUGCAGUAUUUCUCGUCCGCUUCGCCUUUAUGCUGCAAGUUUGGUGCUCCUUUCCGCUGCAGUUCCUGCCAGCAACUCGGCUACUGGAAACCUUUUUCUUUACACCUGUAUCUGAUCCUCCACUGAUGCGAAAAGCUGCGAAAACGGCUUUUCGGGCACUUGUCGUGGUGCUCCUUGCCGGAGUGGCUGUCCUGGGGGCUAGCAAGCUUGAUAACUUCGUGAGCCUCAUUGGCGCUCUUUGCGGUGUGCCGCUGGCUUUUGUUUUUCCUGCCGUUGCCCACUAUAUCCUCGUGAAGGAGUGUCUUUGGUCAGACAUCUUGCUGGUUGCUUUUGGAAUUGCACUGACCGUCGUGGUAACUGGCGUCAAUGUCGCUGCUUUCUUCUAG